AUGAAGGUGGCCGCCAUGAGGAGCUCCGUGAAGGAUGGUUCCACGUACCAAAACCGUGAGCCAACCUCGCAGCACAGUGUCUUCACCGAUAAGGUGAACUACGGUGGCGUUAUCGACUCGUUGAACCUGAAGACCGACAAGGUUCACCAGCAUCGUCCGGGUGGUUCGCAGAAAGGGCGCCCGACGGGAAAACCGACGCCCGGUUCCAGCUCGAGCGAUGCCACCGACACCUCCGGGAGCAGCUGCAGCGAUGGGGACUCCUCGUCCUCGUCCUACGACGAGCCCAACCUGCCGUACCCGGGCUUCGCCGAGUUCUCGCUCAAAUAUCUCGCCCAGGAGACGAAGCCCCGCAUCUGGUGCCUGCAGCUCAUUACUAAUCCGUGGUUCGAGCGGAUUUCGAUGAUCGUAAUUUUGCUCAACUGCGUGACUCUGGGAAUGUACCAGCCAUGUGUGGACGAUGCCUGCGUGACGAAUCGCUGUAAGAUUUUGCAGAUCUUUGAUGACAUCAUUUUCGCGUUCUUCUCGCUCGAGAUGACGAUCAAAAUCGUGGCGAUGGGGGCGUGGGGCAAGGGCACCUAUCUCGCCGACUCCUGGAACCGGCUGGACUUCUUCAUCGUGCUGGCGGGCGCCCUCGAGUACUGUCUGCAGGUGGAAAACCUGAACCUCACCGCCAUCAGGACGAUUCGCGUUCUACGGCCGUUGCGUGCCAUCAACCGGAUUCCGAGCAUGCGGAUACUGGUGAUGCUCCUGCUGGACACACUCCCAAUGCUGGGCAAUGUGUUGCUGUUGUGUUUUUUCGUGUUCUUCAUCUUCGGCAUCGUCGGGGUGCAGCUGUGGGAGGGAAUCUUGCGCCAGCGGUGCGUCAUCAAGCUGCCGGACAACGUCUCGCCCCCGUCCUACCUCACGUCGUCCCCGCGUAACAUUUACUACCGUAUUGUUAACCAGAAAAAGAUAAAAACAGAUGUCUCGUUUUACUACGAGUUUUCCAAGGAGCAAGACUACAUCUGUUCCAAGCCCGAGGACUCCGGUAUGCACCUGUGUCAGAACCUUCCCCCGUAUCGAAUAGGACCACUCUUGUGCAAUGACAGUGCUUUGCCUUAUUCCGAAAAUGAACCUACAGCGACGGCGUGUGUUAACUGGAAUCAGUAUUAUACGAACUGUACGCAGCUUGGGAACAACCCCUUCCAAGGGACUAUAUCGUUCGACAAUAUCGGGCUUGCUUGGGUCGCUAUAUUUCUUGUUAUAUCUCUCGAAGGGUGGACAGACAUCAUGUACUACGUACAAGACGCACACAGUUUCUGGGAUUGGAUAUAUUUUGUGCUCUUGAUUGUGAUCGGUUCGUUCUUCAUGAUCAACCUCUGCCUCGUCGUUAUCGCGACACAGUUUUCCGAGACGAAAAAGCGCGAAAUGGAGCGCAUGCGACAGGAGCGGGCCAGGUUUACCUCGUCGUCAACGCUGGCGUCCAGCACCAACAACUCCGAGCCGACGACGUGCUACGCCGAGAUCGUCAAGUACAUCGCGCACCUCUACCGUCGACUCAAGCGCCGCAUCAUUAAGAAGUUACGAUUGUAUAAGUAUCACAUGCAACGGCGAAAGGAAGGACUCAUCCCAUGCACGCCGGAAACGAUUACGCUCUCACCGAACAAAAUCAAAGCACACCACCCAAAGUGUCCGCGAAUGAGUGCGAUGCUGGCGAACUCUUCGAUUACCAACUUGCAGCAAAAGACUGUCAAGCAGGACCAUCUGCAGUCGAACCUUUCGAUCAACCGUACCGCAACCAACAACAACAACACGGACGGUGGUGGACCAGUUUGCGGCGAGAACCAGGUGUCCUCACCCGAGGUGUCGGAGAUCGUUUCACUGGAGAACAUCAAAAAUAAUGCGCUCAAUAAUUCGACCAACUUUUUAAAUGAAGACCGCCAGAAAGUGCUGCUACUAAAAAUUAACAAUGAAGAUCAAUCGAACGGACAAGAUCAUUGUAUGCCAAGCUUGCUCAGUCCUCCGUCAGCAGGUAGACGAAGAUCGUCCGUUAUGUUUAACGAAUAUGUAGUGCUUCAUACACCUCCAACCAUUACAGAACCACCGCAAGAUAAGAAUGUGUACUGUGUGGAGAAAAUGACACAAGCGGGUGAUGGGAGCAUCUGGCAGGUAAACUUGCCUCACUCACUGCAAACGGUCAAUACCGUGUUCAACGAGUAUUCGGACCUCUGUCUUACGGACGCCAUGACAUGCCAGGAGCUACUGGCGUUCUCCGUAGCCUUUUCUGCGGCACUUCCGACGGGCCAGACCACGCUAGAAUCAUUCUACACCUCGCUGAAACGCUCGAGAGGGAACGAAUCGACACGAUUUCUCACGAGUCAACCUGCAGUGACCAACCAGGCAAACCUUCCACUGCCGGAGAUCGAACGGCUCAGCAGUAAGUCCAGCAACGAACCAUCGCGCAGUGGCUUCGAACCGAUGACGGGCAUCAACAAUAUCAACAUGGAUGAGUUUGCCUGCUGUUACGAGUUCUACCAAAACCAAGGACUGGACGAGGACAAGUCACCGAAACGAUCCAAGUGCGUGCGCGUCCUGAUAGCCUUGUGGCGUUGUUUUCGAAAGUGCUGCCAUGUAACGCGGUUCGUCGUCAAAAAGUUGGUCGACCACAAGUACUUCCAGCAGGGCAUACUACUGGCCAUCCUCAUCAACACGCUCUCGAUGGGAAUCGAGUACCACGAUCAGCCGGCCGAACUGACGGCAAUAGUCGAAACGAGCAAUAUCGUGUUCUCGGCCAUCUUCGCCGUCGAGAUGGUGCUCAAGGUAAUCGCCGAAGGACCAUUCCGCUACGUCGCUAACGGCUUCAACGUGUUCGAUGGAGUGAUCGUGAUUCUUAGUAUCGUCGAAUUGGCUCAAGCGUACCUCGGCGAAGGUCAAGGCAACUCGGGCCUAAGUGUCCUGCGAACGUUCCGCUUGCUGCGGAUCCUGAAACUCGUUCGAUUUAUGCCCAACUUGCGCCGCCAGCUGUUUGUCAUGCUGCGCACUAUGGACAAUGUUGCCAUCUUCUUUAGCCUUCUGAUACUCUUCAUUUUUAUAUUCAGCAUUCUUGGCAUGUACCUUUUUGGAGGUAAGUUCUGUAAGUUUGUCGAAGAAAGCGGGAAAGAGAGGGAAUGUACUUGUCCAGAAAUUGUCUCCAAGCAUCCGCAAUGUGAAUGUGACAGAAAACAUUUCAACAAUAUCCUCUGGGCCACUGUGACCGUCUUCCAAAUCCUUACGCAGGAAGACUGGAACGUGGUGCUUUUUAAUGGCAUGGAGAAAACGAGCCACUGGGCCGCCCUUUACUUUGUCACGCUGAUGACCUUUGGCAACUAUGUCCUGUUUAACUUGCUGGUGGCUAUCCUCGUCGAAGGUUUCAGCUCAGAGCGAAACGAAAGAAGAGAGCGUGAACAGAGGGAGCUGGUGAAAGCUAAGCUGAACGCGGAAGCCCUUGCUCAGGAGCAGAGCAUGGAGGUAUAUGACGAUCAGAGGAGUUAUUCUGAAUCGUCCACAACCGAUAGCUACAAUGGUUCCCGAGGAAAAUGGUACAGCGUCGAAGAACUCAGCAAGGUGAAAAAUAUUGACAUCAAGUGCAACAUUCAAAAGCAACGACUACUCCAACCGAACUAUGAAGAUCCCAAGAAUGUGGCACAGAAGAACAAGAAGGAAAAGGAUGUCUCGAAACCGGAACCUCACGCAAACAAGAAAAUUAAAGCAAAGAAAACGGAAUCCUUGAAAUUGUACAACAUUCAAGUGCAGGAGCCACCGAUCAUUACCACAACUGCCGCCACGCCGCAAGAUUCCCCGAAUGGUACGAUGGAAUCAGGUACCAGCUUUAAGGACUGGGAUCAGGCCGAUUUCGAGCGAUAUGAACGAGAAAACUCGUCUCUGCUAAAGCCACCCUCUAUACUUGGUUCACUGAAAGCAUUGGACGAUCGUUCGUUCUUCGAGGGUACGCCAGUAUUGAACGAGAUGCGCAAGAAGCACGACAAGAAUCAUACAACAGCGUCCGACAGUCGUUUGGCGGAGGAAAAGCAAGCCAAAACACAGAAGCUUGAAAAGGCCAGCACGGAAUCGGCAGGUGUGAUGAGAACCAAAGAUGACGCGAGUAGCGGCGGUACACUCGCCGGUGCUACUAGUACUGGACUUCUGCGACAAGCAUCAACAGAGGAGAGCAUGCUGAACAACGGAAAGAUACUUUCCCAACCGAAGGGUUUAUCCGAUCGACGCACCCACGAUCCGCUGUUGGAGAAAAGCAAUCGCAUUCAGAACGAUACGCAGGGAUCGAAGCAGGCGAAUCACCGCCGCCGAAGUUCAGUGAGGCGGUCAUCUUCGGUUAAAGUGGAUAGUGGAGCGAGUAGUAUUGCCAGCAACCUGAGCAGUACGUCGCACCCACGCUGUUACUACAACAACGGCAGCACCAAGUACUACUUUGAUCGCAAAAAUUCCCUCCGACUCUGCGACAUCCGUACGCCCAACAAUCGACGCCGGAUGUCCUCCUUUGAGCAGGCCUACCACAAGCAAUCGCCAAUGAGUAGCAUCCGCAAUCUAGAGAUCAAACAGCUGCAGGACGAAAUGAUCAAAGGCAAGCUGGAGAAGUCCUCGAACGCUUUCAAGAUUGCAGGCAACAGUACCGAUCUGCCGGAUGGAAUGUCGCGGAACGGUAGCUGUACACCGAAGAAAAAGGGAAAAGGAAGAUUGAAGCAAUUCUUCCGAAUGGUUACUCCGCACAAUUUUGUGGAUGAUCACGAGACGUACACGUUGUACAUCUUUCCCGAGCAUAACAGAUUCCGCCAGAUUUGUACCUGGUUCGUGAACCAAAAGUGGUUCGAUAACGUUAUCCUGCUGUUCAUCGCCCUUAACUGCAUUACGUUGGCUAUGGAACGACCCAACAUUCCUCCAAACUGCACCGAACGCUACUUUCUCUCCACUGCCAACUACGUGUUCACAGUCGUGUUUGCGGUGGAAAUGUUUAUCAAGGUGGUCUCGGCGGGAUUGUUUUACGGCCAGGAUGCGUACUUCACAUCCGGUUGGAACAUCAUGGACGGCUCGCUGGUUAUCAUCUCGAUUGUGGACCUUCUUAUGUCGUUGAUAAGCGAAUCGAGUCCGCGAAUCUUCGGUAUUUUGCGAGUGUUCCGGUUGCUGCGUUCACUAAGACCGCUGCGGGUUAUUAAUCGCGCACCGGGUCUUAAGCUGGUGGUCCAGACGUUGCUUUCUUCGCUACGUCCCAUCGGUAACAUUGUGUUGAUUUGUUGUACCUUUUUCAUCAUUUUUGGUAUACUUGGAGUGCAGCUUUUCAAAGGUACAUUCUACUACUGCGAGGGUGAAAACAUUAAGGGGGUGAAGAAUAAGAAAGAAUGCUUGGACAUCGAAGGGAACGUUUGGAUCAACCGAAAGUACAACUUUGACGAUCUGGGCAAGGCGCUUAUGUCUCUGUUUGUGCUUUCUUCGCGCGACGGUUGGGUGAACAUUAUGUACACCGGAUUGGAUGCAGUCGGCGUUGAUCAGCAGCCUAUUGUCAACUACAACGAGUGGCGGUUGCUGUACUUCAUCGCCUUCAUACUGCUAGUCGGAUUCUUCGUUCUGAACAUGUUCGUUGGUGUCGUGGUGGAAAACUUCCAUCGUUGUCGUGAGGAACAGGAGAAGGAAGAGAAAAUCCGUCGAGCCGCUAAGCGAGCUUUGCAGAUGGAGAAGAAGCGCAAAAGAAUGCAUGAACCGCCUUACUACACCAACUACUCGCCGAUGCGGCUGUUCGUUCACAAUGUCGUCACCUCCAAGUACUUCGAUCUGGCGAUUGCAGCCGUCAUCGGUUUGAACGUAGUGACGAUGGCCAUGGAGUACUACAUGAUGCCGCUAGCACUGGAGUAUGCGCUAAAGAUCUUCAACUACUUCUUCACGGCCGUGUUCAUCCUGGAAGCGGCCAUGAAGCUGCUUGCACUUGGUGCAAAAAUCUAUCUCAAGGACCGCUGGAAUCAGCUAGACGUAGCGAUCGUCAUAUUGUCAAUCGUGGGCAUCGUGCUGGAGGAGCUGGAAACCAACAUAAUCCCGAUCAAUCCGACCAUCAUUCGCGUCAUGCGCGUGCUGCGGAUCGCUCGCGUUCUAAAGCUGCUGAAGAUGGCCAAGGGUAUUCGUGCUCUCCUGGACACAGUAAUGCAGGCAUUGCCCCAGGUCGGAAAUCUGGGCUUGCUGUUUUUCCUGCUGUUCUUUAUCUUUGCUGCCCUGGGCGUGGAGCUGUUCGGACGGCUCGAAUGCUCAGAGGAGGUACCAUGUCAGGGUUUGGGAGAGCAUGCACACUUUGCCAACUUCGGUAUGGCCUUCUUGACGCUGUUCCGUGUGGCCACCGGUGACAACUGGAACGGCAUCAUGAAGGACACGCUGCGGGACGACUGCGACGAUGCGGCGGAUUGCGUGAAAAACUGCUGCGUCAGCACGAUCAUUGCGCCGAUCUUUUUCGUCAUCUUUGUGCUGAUGGCACAAUUCGUGUUGGUGAAUGUGGUUGUGGCCGUGCUGAUGAAGCAUCUGGAAGAAAGCCAUAAGCAGAUGGAAGAUGAGCUGGAUAUUGACACGGAGCUGGAACGCGAGUUCGAAAGAGAGCAAGAGUUUGAGGAGGAACAGGCGCUUUGCAUGCAGCUGAACGACGAUAAUAAGCAAGUUCACAAACGUCCACUAACCAAAGUUUCUUCCUUGCCUUCGAACUUCACGUACAGCACUCCGAUCCUGGAGAAGAAGAGCAAUAUUCAGCGUCGUCAGACCAUACAAUAUUUCAACCAGAAUCUAGGCCUCUCGGUUUUCAACUCAUACACCAAUAACAAUUCGUAUGACGAAACGGCCGAAAAUAACAUCAACACUGAGGGGGAAGAGGCGGAAGACGAAACGAAAGCGAAGGCUGAGGGGGCAGCCGAAGCGGCCAAGGGGGCGGACGGAUUGAACUCCGUCAAGGAGUACAACUCGAAAAAUGUUAACAAGAAGAUACUGAUCAACAAGACGAAUCUUUUUAGCAAGUCCUGCGACGGUCGGCCUCAGUCCGACGGCAAGCGCAAGGGUGCGAAGGACGAAUGCUUCAACAUAACGAUACCGGUCGCGGCCGGUGUUAAGGGGGAUGUGGUAAAAGGGGCUCAGGAAGCCGGCGGGUUGCUGGGGUCGGCAUCGCAACCGGUGGAUGGGGACGCGGUCGAAUCCCAAAGCUCGACAAUCACUUCGUCAAGUAGAUCGCGCCCGCAGGCAGCAAAUAAACUCGAAUCACGUCAAUUUAAUUCAGAAUUUGACCCGGCAAGGCACCAAAAAUCUGCCCAAGAUGCGAGUAGCGACGGCACGCUAUCUGCCGAUGGUGGCCUUGCAGUGCCCGUGGGCACCGGUGGCUCGGCCAGCAUCGGCAAUAGUUCCGGUGGUGCCGCCGGUGCGAACAGUAGCGGCACCGUUUCGAGCAAAUCGUUCCUCUCGGUUCCUAAGCUGCAGCCAAAGAGCAGAUCCGGCAGUACGAAGCAGCUAUUCAAGCAGUCGGCCCUGGACGAGGACGGCGAAACGAAUGAUGAAAGCUCACUGCUGCUUCCGGCUGACGCCGUCGAUAACGGCGGAUGCAGCCCGGUCAGUCACUCCGGUCCUGGUGUUGCUCUUUUGAAUCUGCCGGGAGCCGAGGGAAGCAAUUUAGGAUCCGAGUCGGUGAAGAAUUCGGAAUCGUGCGAGAUUAUUCGCAUCAUUUCAGAGCGGCGCAAGAUCUAAAAAAAGAGAAAACUAGCCGUCAAUAGCCACCGCACAAAAAAUGGCGCUUUGUUUUUUGGGGCUAAGAGGCCGCGUGUCCGCUACUUCUCUCAGCAAAAAAAAUAAUUACAUUCGUAGGUUCGUUAUCAAAACGGUCAAACUGUUCAUUAUGUGAAGUAUUAUACCUGUCUUUAGAUAGUGAUUUUAUGCAAACAGUGCCAACUCGGGCCAAGCAAGUUGGGCCUCGAUAAGAUGGAUGCGUAUGCGAGUAGGUUUAGUAAGGGAUUCUCACUUUUUUUGUUUUAUCUUCCUGUUUCAUAGAAAAAGAAACCCAAAAUUUAAACAAUAUUUAUAUUGUACACUCGUGGUGCAAUACCACACGCAAUUUCGUUGAGCAAUUACCAAAUCUACCAAGUGAACAAAAACAUGGAUCAAAAAGGACAAUCUUAGAAGUAUCGCCUUUAUAGAGAGAAUUUAGAGGGAAGCAGAACUAUGAAGUUUUGUAUUCAUAUUGAAUUGAUGGUGUUUUAGGUCUGACUCUAGUUAUCCUCAAGCGUAACAGGUGUAAUCAUGUUAGUUUCGUAGUAGAAAACUUCGAUUUAUCUAUUACAAUUGUUCCAAGUAAUAAAAAUAGUAUACGUAAGAGU